AUGAAGAUAGGGAGAGGGGGGGAAGAACAGAAAGGAGUAGUCGAGCCAAUCUCCCAAACAGACCCCGUCACCUUCACUAAACCAGGGCCAGCACCUGGUACUUCUAUGGCCCCAAGCACAGCUGAAGAUAAUACAGAAUUCCUCCUCUCUGAUGGCUGGCGUCAGACUCUCCCUAAAGAAGACCACAAGUGGAUUGCUCGAUCCCUCUUCAAAGUCAACGCCAGCAGUGGAAAAGCCGAGCUAGAUUUCACAAGGGCUGACAAACUAUGGUGUUACCCCCCUCAGCCCCAGUUCAUUAGCAGUCAGCCCCCAAACCCUGACUACUACUUUGUCCAGCCCCUUUUGCUGUGGGUGCCACAUAAACUGUGGAAAGUGGUGCUUAAGUACCACGAAGAAAGAUGCAACCACAAUCUCAGAAGUGUGGUUUUGAAAGCCGAAAUCACCUCGUCAUUUCGCUCCAUCAGACUACAAGGGGGAAGGCCUUGCUGACAUGGCAGCCGGUCUCUUGCAGCGGUACAGAGAUGCUGACUUAAUACCACCAAGGGCACUUUACGUCGACCGAGAAUGCUGUGGCUGCAAGACCUGCCACUCCAAAGAGCUCUUCGGCAGCUGGGAUGACCUCAUCAUUCUGAUCGAUUUCUGGCACUUCACUUCAUGAGGAGUUUUGCAUCAGGCUGUACAACCAAGUCUCAUGCCCUGUAUCCUGCGUUCGUGUCUCGACUAUCCGCCUGCAUUUUUGAGUGGGAUCAACACUACCUCAAAGCCCUCGAAGAUGCCAAGAAGUCAGAGCUGGAGAUGCGUGGAGUCUGGAGCCUUAGCCGUUUCACUGUUUCUAUUGUCUUUUGGCAAACUAUGGUGAUAGCCCCCUCAGCCCCAGCUCAUUAACAGUCAGCUCCCAAAUCCUGACUACUACUUUGCCCAGCCCCUUUUGCUGUGGAUGCCACGUAAACUGUGGAAAGUGGUGCUGAAGUGCCCCCAAGAAGGAUGCAACCGCAAUCUCACCAGUGCGGGUUUGUACCAGAAGACUCGCCAGGUUGUGGAAAUUGACGGCAACUACAAUCUGGCAGCUGAAUAUCUGGAAUGUGGACAGUGCAA